UCUGAGGUGAAGAGGCGGUCUCUAUGGUCACGUGACACGGUGGCCACAUGCGUUGUGUGGUGCAUGUUUCACUGUUUUAGACAAAAUGCCGAAAGCAAAGAAAUCGCACAAAAAGAAGAAAUAUGAUUAUAACCAGGACAGGAAAAAGCUGAAACGGAAGUUCAAAAAGGCAGCGGCUCCAAGAAUAGAGUGUCCGCAGAUCCGACAUGCCUGGAACGAUAAGAGGUCAGUAGCCCGGAACCUGUCAGACAUGGGACUCGCUUUUGACCCGAACGUCUCUCUCCCGGUGGGCAAGCAGAUGAUUUCCGGGACUGAAACGGAAGAUAAGACCACUGGCCCCCUGGUAAGGAAACCAUACGUCAUCAAAGGUCUGGAGGCAGAAGCAAGUCUCCCAGGGAAAGACACACGGUCCCUCUCCACCGAUAUGAUCGAGUAUCUGCAGUAUAUGAUCAGAGAGCACAGUGACGACUUUAAGGCGAUGGCUAAAGAUGAGAAGAAUUAUUACCAGGACACCCCAAAGCAGAUCAGGAGGAAAGUAGAACUGUACAAGCGCUUUCACCCCGGCCAGUUCUCCACCUUCAUGGACUCUCUUAAGGAUCACUCCUAGACGUGAAAGUCCAGCUCCGAUAAGGACCCACACAAUUCUGGAAAUAAAUUUCGCCAUCGAUUACUCUGGAAACAUUUUCCUUAUCUGUGGAGAAUGGGUAUUGGAUGUUUUUCUUUUUUAUGGACAAGAAUGUUGUACUUAUAACGUUUUUACACGUUAUAAGAACUGGACAUCCCUAUUACUUUUGAAGGAGUAUUUUUUUACAUUUAUUUUUCGGGGCAUACAAUUUCAUUGCAAAGCUCAAAAUACAUUUACAUGAAAUUCACAACUUGUCAAGAAUACAUGAGUCCACGUACCAGUGUUUCCUCUGUGACUACGAAAAUGUAAGAUCAAUGUCUGCCUUGUAAUACUGCACAAUAAAAAAUAAAAACAAGUAGUACUGGAAUAAA